AUGAGCGAGUUGAAACAAGAGGAUACUACUGUGGAAACAAAACCCGAGACGAGACGGGAAGAAACCAUGGACACACAAGCGGAAACCGCGUCCAAUGUCAGCGACACUUGUGCGAGUCCAUUUGCCGAUUGGAGUGACGAGGAAUUGAUGACCAAGGCCAAGGAGCAUUACCAAAAGGAACAAUUUCUCGUGGCGGCACGCAUGCUGAAACACACCACCCACAUUGCCGACAAGGAUGUGCCCUUUCAAAAAGAAGUGGAAGAAAAAGCCAAACUCUUGAAUCACGUCAUUGCCGAUUUGUUGGCCGACGUUGAAGAACACGUCGGUGAUGACAGUGAACCAGCUAGUGGCGCUGGCCAGUGGAUCAAAGGCGGCGAAUACCACGACGAUCGUCGCGAUACACUCAUGUACUACCGACUGGAAGAAGAUUUGCAACUCAAAUGCCGCCUCGAGUCUCCCGUCGAAUCCAGUUUGUUGGUUCCCCUAUUGGCGGUGUUGAUUGAAACCGAACAGUACAUGUCGUGGUUGCCAUCGUGGACCGUGCCGCGCAUUGGAGUCGAGCUGGUCGAUAAAUUGGGACAAGUGGGACGCACCGAACAGAUUCUCCGCAUUGCCACGGCGGUUCCCUGGCCGUUCAAAUCGCGAGAUGUCGUCAUUCGGACGUGUGGCGUGGACGAUAUUGAUGACAUUCAAGAGGAUCCUCAUACUACUGGAUCGAUUGCCAUUAGUUUGGUUUCACUCGAAGAAGGACAGGAUGUGCACAAAAGUACCAUUUCCAAUCCAGUCUACGAUCAAGAUGUGGUCCAUGUUCCUCCCAUUCCCGAUGGAAUGGAACGAGCAGAAUUUGACGGAGGAUUGCUCAUUCGAAAAUGUCCACCCAAUCACCCCUGUCUACGAAAUUCCAGAGUCGCAUAUCCACCCGACGAACAUUUAAUGCUGGUGGGAUUUUCACUGAGCUUGGAUGGCAAAAUAUCACCCCUCUUUCCAACCGCCGUCAUUAAUUUUGUCAUUCAAACCGUCAUUACUCAAAUGUGGGCCAAAUUGUUGCAAGUUGCCGAAGAAAUUCGAGCCGGAAGUCGGCCUCAACACGCCGAGGUGAUUGCGGCACGACGAGAAGAAAUAUACGAUUGGGUGGAACAGAGAAUUGAAGGCAUGUUUGAACACUUGGCGUCUUCUUCUAGCAACAAGGAAGGUGCCGAAAACAAUGGAAACGACAAAACAACAGAUGAUGAAAAGAAAGAGGUGGAGUAA